AUGUUGUUUUUGUUGGUUCGUUUCUCUUAGAACAUGGACGCUGUGUGGCACACCAGAAUACCUUGCGCCAGAAGUGAUACAGAGUAAAGGUCAUGGAAGAGCCGUGGACUGGUGGGCUCUAGGAAUUUUGAUAUUUGAGAUGCUGUCGGGGUUUCCUCCAUUUUUUGAUGACAACCCAUUUGGUAUAUAUCAGAAGAUUCUUGCUGGCAAAAUAGAUUUCCCCAGACAUUUGGAUUUGUAUGUGAAGGACCUUAUUAAGAAGCUUCUAGUGGUUGACAGGACAAGGCGAUUGGGAAAUAUGAAGAAUGGAGCAGAUGAUGUGAAAAGGCAUCGGUGGUUCAGGUCUAUAGACUGGGAUGCUGUACCUCAAAGAAAACUAAAGCCUCCAAUAGUGCCGAAGGUAUCCAAUGAUGGAGAUACAUCUAAUUUUGAAGCUUAUCCUGAAGAUGACUGGAACAAAACCCCUCCUGUAGCCCCUAAAGAUCUAGAAAUUUUCCAGAACUUCUGAGGGCGGACAACCAAAUUCGGCAAGUUUUAUGUUGGAAACUGGAAGAAGUUUGAAGUGGUAUUCGCAAGUUUGCAAAGAAGAACUGAGUACAUACAUGAAGACAUUCUUUGACAUGUAGGAGAGUGUUAUCAGAUUCAUAUGUGCACAUUAGUAGAUAAAUAUUUAAACAAUUGGCAGGCAAGUGACACUCAUUUUAACUGUAUAGAAUUGGCAUUAGUUUAGCAAAUUGUGAUACUGAAAGUCUACUCUGUAGUAGACUCAUGGAAAAUUCUGUCUUGUAGUUUUUUAACUUGUUUUAGUGUUAGUUUCCUGCUAUGCCCAGAUCCUUUUUGCAUAGUUAACGCAUAGACUUAAUUUUAUAAGUUUAUACUAAACUUGUGUAAUUAAAAGCACAAAUUAGUAUAUAUGUAUAUAAUGAUUACAUACAACUAAAGCACAGGAACUGUGCAAAGAUGUAAAUUUUUGUACUUUGCAGAGUCUAUGAUUUUUAUUUUUCAAAUAAUGUUUUUCAAGAAGUUCUCUGGGGGAAAAUCGUAAAAGGAUAAAUGAGUUUUUCAUCAUCUUAUAUGCAUUUUAUAAUUCUUUGUAAAAAAUAAAAAUAAUUAAGUUUAAAAAGAUUUGUACCUAAAACUUCCAGUGCUUCACAUUUGCAACCGUAAUACUUGAAAGCAGAAAGAAAAAGGACAUGUUUUGUUGCUCAUUUAAAAAACAUCAUCUUAACGCCUUCAUAAGUAACUUUGGCUAAAACAAUGCAUUGUGUUUUUCCAUAUAUAUGAUAUGAUAUUUGGUGACUACACACUGUGUAUAGUGGGUUUCCCUUGUAUGUGAAAUCACUGUAAGGCAUAUAAAGCAGUGCAUACUGCUAAAUGGGGUGGAGGGUAGAUCUGUUGUUGCUCUCACUGUUGUUCUACUUUAUCCAAUUUCUGAUAUUUAAGUAGGAGAAAUGAGUUACUCAAAGAAAAUAUGAAAAAUAUGUAAUCUAAAAGAUGUGAACAGUAGUAUAAACAGUGGAAUGUGUUAGUGAAGACUACCCGAUCCUCCCUAACAACAAAUCUGGAUUUUAAAAAACCAACCAAAAGCCAUUAAACAUGGUUCUUGUUCAGUUAUGCUGCAAAAUAUGGAAUUAUCUUUGAAUAUUUUCCCUAAAAAUAAUGGAAUUAAUGAUCUGUACAAUAGCUCCAUUUUUUUAAAACUUCCUGGCUCUCCCUAGCAGCUCUUUUCCCCCCAAGUUGAGAACUAGCAGUGUCAGGCAUACUUUGAUUAUAGUUGAAAUUCUUUUUGUUAUUGACCUAAGUAGGAGCUGUUGGAUGCUCAGUACUUUUGAAAAUCAAACAGGUGCCUAAAUAUGGGUUUAGAUGCCUAACAUUGUGCUCCUAUGUUUGAAAAUCCAGGGCUAAACUUAUUAGGGUCUUGUCCUAUAGGUCCUCACCAUUAGGAGUUUAACACAUGCAGGAUUGGACUUCAGGUUUAAACCUAAUCUGUUUAUCUACUCUGAUCAGUUUUCUAGGUGGACCACAUCAGUUUAUAAGUGGAGUGCACUGUAUUUAAGGAAUAUUUGCAAUAAUGCUUCAUUUUAAGUAACACCAAAUUCUAGCGGGU